UCCAGAAAAAAAUGGCAGCUGUUGACAUCGACGUGCCGGUGGAAACAGAGCCGCAAAUCCGCAACCAGGAGGACCUCGAACGUCUGGCUGAAAGCUUCAAAGAACAAGGAAAUGCAUACUACAGCAAGAAGGAUUACUCUCAGGCUUUCAACUAUUACACCAAGGCCAUUGAUGCAUGCCCCAAAAAUGCCAGUUAUUAUGGCAACAGGGCGGCCACCCUCAUGAUGCUCUCUCGUUUUCGAGAAGCUUUAGAAGAUUCCCAACAGGCUGUGCGUCUGGAUGACUGUUUCAUGAAGGGGCAUCUACGUGAGGGCAAGUGCCACCUGUCUUUAGGAAAUGCCAUGGCGGCCAGUCGCUGCUUUCAGAAGGUUCUGGAGCUGGAGCCCAGCAAUAGAGAAGCGCAGCAGGAGAAAAAGAAUGCGGCAACACUGCUAGAGUACGAGCGAAUGGCAGAUUUUGGCUUUGAAAAGCGAGAUUUCAGAAAGGUGGUGUACUGUAUGGACCGGGCCUUAGCUUUGGCUUCCACCUGCCACCGCUUCAAAAUCCUUAAGGCAGAAUGUCUCGCUCUGCUCGGACGGUAUCCAGAAGCCCAGUCUGUUGCAAGUGACAUCCUGCGAAUGGAUUCCACAAAUGCAGACGCGUUGUAUGUUCGAGGCCUGUGUCUUUACUAUGAGGACUGCAUCGAUAAAGCAGUGCAGUUCUUUGUUCAGGCUCUGCGAAUGGCACCUGACCAUGAAAAGGCCCGGCUAGCCUGCAGGAAUGCUAAAGCUUUAAAAGCUAAGAAAGAGGAGGGAAACCAGGCAUUUAAGAACAGCAACUGUGAAGCUGCCUACCAGCUUUACACAGAGGCACUCAUGAUAGACCCCAACAACAUUAAAACCAAUGCUAAACUCUACUGCAACAGAGCCACAGCAGGAGCAAAGCUGAAGAAACUUGAUCAAGCCAUUGAAGACUGUACAAGUGCAAUCAAACUAGAUGACACUUACAUCAAAGCGUACUUGAGAAGAGCUCAGUGUUACAUGGACAUGGAGCAGUAUGAAGAGGCUGUACGGGACUAUGAAAAAGUUUACCAGACAGAAAAAACGCCAGAUCACAAGCGUAUGCUGAAGACGGCACAGGUGGAGCUGAAGAAAAGCAAAAGGAAAGAUUACUACAAGGUGCUGGGGGUCGGCAAGAACGCAACUGAGGAUGAGAUCAAAAAAGCCUACCGCAAACGAGCCCUCAUGCAUCACCCAGACCGUCACAGUUCAGCAACACCAGAAGUGCAAAAGGAGGAGGAAAAGAAAUUCAAAGAAGUUGGUGAGGCCUUCACUGUCCUCUCCGACCCGAAGAAGAAGAUUCGCUAUGACAGUGGCCACGACCUGGAGGACGACGGCUGUUUUGAUGGCUCAGAUUUUGAUGCAAACAACAUCUUCAGGGCUUUCUUUGGAGGCCAUGGUGGAGGAUUUACUUUUGAUUCCAGCCCAGACUCUGGACCUGGAAAUUUCUUUUUCCAGUUCGGCUAAAGCAGCGGAGCACACAGUGGACAAAGUCAAGUCGGACCCACAGUCACCUCAUGAUACUCUACUUCUGAGUGUCUUGCUAAAAUCUCAUUAAAAAAAAAUCUUCUUUUGACUACUGCAUACAUUCCUAAAUUAACUCCCCUUCAUUGACACGCAAACACUGGGAAGGAUUAUUCAGCAAUUUAAGUUAUGAAUUAACACUGAAGAAGAAUAAGUAUUUCAGAAGGCUUUUAAAAGCAGGUGUAUCAGUGGAGCAGAGCUCGUCUCUAUUGCCAAAAUUUAUAUUUUGUAUUCCACUAAAUUUCAUCUUAUUAAACUCCCUCAGUCUUCAUGAAGGGGAUCAACCAUGAGGACAUAUUGGCCAUCAUAUCUGAUUAUUUUUAGAAGCUGGAACCAUGUAUACAUCUUUAAAUUUCUCCUGGGACUGCGCAUCUCUAGAGGAAAUGUCAGUGUUCUGUGGAAGUUCAGUGACAAAUCUGACCUCAGGACAGCCUGUUAAGGACAACGCAGUUCUCUUUGGAGUGCGUGUGCAGAUUUUACUGGCUCUCUUGCCAAAUAUAGAAUUGACUUACAGGGUUUUUAAGUUCUUCUCCAUUCUUCAUUGUAUAUUUGAGUCGAAUGUAAAGCAUUAUGUGUCCACAUAUUGUCCUUCAGUCUUCCCUGAGUCUGUUUAUAUUUAUUGUACUGUACAUCCUAAAGCGUAUGCAGCAGAAUGCCAGUGGUCUUUGUCUUCCUUUGUUUGUAAAUGUUUUCCGGCCCAUCUUUUUCACUCAGAUUGUUGAUUUUUUUUUUUUUUUUUUUUUGAAAUGGACCCAAAUAAACCUUCACAUAUUUUUUUUUUUCUUUUCAAAGCAAUUCACAAACACCGCCCAUGUGUCAUACUGCCCCAUUCAAAUUCAAGUGGUGCCUUACCAGAAUCAGUAAAGCGUCUUACAGUGAAACCUACAUUUAACGCUGUAAAGAAAUCCACAUCCUAGUUCAGGAAAGGCAGCAGUUACACUUGUAUAGCGCAUUUUUUUGGUUUCAUGAUUUUCUGUAGGAAAAUCUUUUUAUCUUAGUCUCAUGUCAUGAGUCACAAUUUUAUGCACAUUUCAUGAGUACAGCCCUUCCCCUGCUUGUUCCAGCUGUUUAAAGGGGCACUGAUAGCAGGUCAGAAGCUUCAAUUGUAAACUGUCCUGUCACUGAUGUGUACAUUUUUUUUUUCUUUUUUAACUGAUAAAAUAAAGGCUUGUCUUUUACUGCAA